AUGGCGCCUCAGCGCUCCUAUACAAUUCUAACCAAGCGCGAAGCAAUCGCGACUGCUGAGGCGUUAGGAAGCUGCCAAGCCGCAUCAAAGAGACUAAAUAUCCCUCGCACGACUCUUCGCGACUGGCUAGACGAUAAAGAGAACAUCCAAGACUUUGCGGGUGCCCAAACCAGCAAAACCUUGAAGGGCCAGAUGCAGGAGAGCAGCUUUAUGGAUGCCAAAGUGUGGGCGAUAUAUGUACGAGAGCUGCUCAAGUUCGAGAUCGAGGCACUAUCAGUGCUUAUACUCGAUAACUUCGACGCACAUGUUUCAAAAGAAGGACUUGAUGUUGUUGUCGAGACAACGUCGGCCCUGGUUUGCCAGCUACCGCCCAACAGUACAGCGGCCUGCCAGCCACUAGACGUUGAGGUUUUCAACUUUGCUUUUUGCUAA